GAAGGCAAUAAAUCAUCAGCAAUGCGCAAGGAGACGCUCUUCAUAUGCCUGAUCUUGGCCGCCUGCUGCUCUGGCUAUCCGCAGAGCCAGGAGACGACCUCGUCAACAACAACAUCAACAACAACACCAUCGACGACGUCAACAACAUCCACAACAACUCCAUCGACAACGUCGACCACAUCAACAACACCAUCCACAACGUCGACUACAACAACGACAACCACACCAAAGCCCAAGGAGGAGGAAAAGACGACCAGCACGACGACUACCACUACGACUACGACGACUACCACAACAACUACGCCCAAGCCGACAACAACGACAACCACCACGACAACAACGCCCAAGCCGGAUACGUCGAGCACCACGCCCAAGGACAGCGAUGCCGAGGCCCGGGAGUUGCUGGCCAAGUGCGAGCAGCUGCGCCGGCGGCACAAGCGGGACAGCUCCUCCUCCGAGGAGGACGACAGCCAUGAGCACAAGUCGUCCAAGAGCGACCGCAAGAAGCUGAAGAAGUUGUGCAAGGACCUCAAGCGGCAGCAGGAGCGCAAGCAGCAGCGCCAGAGCGCCGAUAGCCUCAAGGAGCUCUCCCAGGCUCUGCGCAACUACCAGAUGAGGCAGCGAGGCCAUGGUGAUCACAGGGAUCACAGGGACCAUAGGAGACACUAAAGCAGCAAGUGCACCAACAAUCGAUAAAUAUCGAUUGUCUGCAGCAAACAUUCAAU